AUGAAUUCAAACAAUUGGCUAUCUUUUCCUCUUUCUCCCACUCAUUCGUCUUUACCUCCUCAUCUUCAAAAUGAUCAAUCUCAUCAUUUUUCAUUAGGGUUAGUCAAUGAGACUAUUGACAAUCCCUUCCAAAACCAAGAAUGGAACUUAAUGAACACACAAGGAAGCAAUGAAGUUCCAAAGGUGGCUGAUUUUCUUGGAAUGAACAAAUCUGAAAACCAAUCUGAAUUAAUCCCUUACAAUGAAAUCCAAGCAAACGAUUCGGAUUAUCUCUUUCAAAACAACCACCUUAUGCCAUCAAUGCAAAAUGCUUUAGCUCCUCCUCCUACAAGCAACUAUGAUCUUCAAGAAAAUGCUUGUAAUAUUCAAUCUUUGACAUUAUCUAUGGGGAGUGGAAAAGGCUCAACUAGUGAAACAAGUGCUAGCCCUAGCACGAAUGCUGCUACCGCGAGUGCCAGUGCUGAAAAUAGUAAUAACACUAGUAUUGUUGAAGCUGCACCUAGAAGAACUUUAGAUACUUUUGGCCAAAGAACAUCAAUUUAUAGAGGUGUAACUAGACAUAGAUGGACAGGAAGGUAUGAAGCACAUCUAUGGGAUAAUAGUUGUAGAAGGGAAGGUCAAUCAAGGAAAGGUCGUCAAGUGUAUUUGGGAGGGUAUGAUAAGGAGGAGAAAGCAGCUAGGGCUUAUGAUCUUGCUGCAUUGAAAUAUUGGGGAACAUCUACCACUACAAAUUUCCCAAUUAGUAACUAUGAGAAGGAAUGUGAAGACAUGAAGCAUAUGACAAGGCAGGAAUUUGUUGCUGCAAUAAGAAGGAAGAGUAGUGGCUUCUCAAGGGGUGCAUCCAUGUAUCGUGGUGUUACAAGGCACCAUCAGCAUGGGAGAUGGCAAGCAAGGAUAGGAAGAGUUGCUGGAAACAAAGAUCUCUACUUAGGAACUUUCACUACUGAGGAGGAAGCAGCAGAAGCAUAUGACAUAGCAGCAAUAAAAUUCAGAGGGUUAAAUGCUGUAACAAAUUUCGAUAUGAAUCGUUACGAUGUUAAAGCCAUACUUGAAAGCAACACUCUCCCCAUUGGAGGAGGAGCAGCAAAAAGGCUAAAAGAAGCACAAGCACUUGAAUCAUCAAGAAAAAGAGAUCAAGAAAUGAUGGCUCUAAACUCAAGUUUUCAAUAUGGAAACUCAAAUCCUUUACAAGCAUAUCCUUUAAUGCAACAACAACCUUCAUUUGACAAUUCUCAACCUUUGUUGACUCUCCAAAAUCAUGACAUUUCACAAUACAACAUUCAAGAUUCGUCGUCUCAUUUUCACCAGAGUUAUCUCCAAACACAACUUCAACUUCAGAACAACUCGCAUCAAGUACUAUACAACAAUUAUCUUCAGAAUAAUCAAGUUUUCUUGCAUGGUUUGAUGAACAACAAUGAAGGUAGUUCAAGUGGAAGUUAUAGUACUGGAGGGUAUUUUGGUAAUUCUCCAGGACUUGGUGGAAUGAGUUCAAAUUCAACUUCAGGUAAUAAUGGAGGAGGUGGUGGUGGAAGUGUAGCACAUGAAGAAGUUGCACUUGUCAAAGUUGAUUAUGAUAAUAUUCCAAGUUACAAUGGUUGGUCAGGAGACUCAUCUGUUCAAGGAUCAAAUCCUGGUGUUUUCUCAAUGUGGAAUGAGUGA